ACCAACAUAGUGGCUUUGCGACCAGCAUGGAUCCAGACCAGCCUGCGCAUCCGCGCAGUCUGGUCAGGAUCCAUGCUGUUCGCUUUCAGAGCCUAUAGCAAUUAGAGAAACUGUUAGCGAACAGCAUGGAUCCUGACCAGACUGCGCGGAUGCGCAGGCUGGUCUGGAUCCAUGCUGGUCGCCAACCCACUAUGUUGGUUUUCUCAUGGCACGACUCACACAUAGAACACUUUAGAUAUUGGACGUGUCUAUUGCUGGAUAGUGGAGUUCUUUCAUGCUACGUAAUGUAGCAGUUACACAACUGGGAAAAACAGGCGGCAAAGUAAAGUGUAUUGGAAAACAUCUUGAGUAUGUGUAUUUUUCUAUUUUUUAUGACUCAGGUAAAAUGGUGAAAUCAUUUGAAGAUUCUUCUUGGUGGUUUAAAUCAGGACUAGUGUUCAAUAUGUUAGCUCUGAUAUUAGGUGCGGUCGGGUUUUUUUUACCUAAUUUCCUAGAAGAAACGGUCAGCGAACACGAAAGGUUAAAUAGUGGACUUUGGCAAACUUGUACUAACAACAAAUGGAAUGGCCUUGAAUGUCAGGAUAGUAUAUUUAUAGAUACAGACUGGUUUCUGGGUGUUAAAGUAUUGCAGUGCAUAGGCCUAGCAGCGACCGCCCUCACCACGUUGAUAUCAUUGGCAUUACUGCUUGCUGUGACGAACCAAAGAUUGGCGAAGGCAAAUGUGACUGUCUGCUUUGCUGCAUUGUCAGCUGUCGGCACUAGCACAAUUUUAUCAAUAAAAAUGCUACUGGUCACUCCCGAGAAUUCAGACUAUACCUCCCGGUAUUUGGGAAUAUCUUUUUACUUGUGUGUAUUUGCUACAUGUUCUCUACUAACUGCGUGGAUCGUUUUCAUUGUUGACCAAUGGAAGACAAACUGAACACGUCGAUAUAUUCAGGAUAUACCUCUAAAUUUAUUACUAGACAGAUGUGCACGCUUUUUACAGAUGUACUUUUUCAGACAGAAAACUGUCGUAAACACUUUAAUAGCAGUGACUACCUCAUUUAUUUAUUUAUUACCAGGAAGUACUACACAAGCAUUACAACAACAUGUCCCAGGAAGUUGUACACAUGGGGCAAAAGAAGCUAUGAAUAGACAAAUAUAUGUGAUCAUAAUACAUUUGACGUAUAUUAAGAUAUUGUUAUUGGACAAAACAAACUGAUUACCUGAAGUUGGGCACUUGGGGGCUAUAGAACCUGUGUUUAGACAGAUAUAUAUAUGAUCGCGAUACAUUUGUCUUAGGAAAUAUGUUUAUUGCAUUUACAUUGUAUAAUAACAUAUGGUUAUUGAACAAAACUAGCUGUUUAUCUCAGGAAGUUGUAACGUUGGGAUAUAGAAGCUAUGUUUUAGACAGAUAGAUAUGAUCGCAAUACAUUUGUCUUAGAAAUAUUGUAUAUUGCAUUUAUAUUGUAUAUUAAGAUAUUGUUGCAAGACUAAACUAACUGUUUAUCUCAGGAAGUUGUACUAAUGGCAAGUAUACAUCUGUAUACUGCUUUUAUCCAAACACAAAUUACUAUAUGAUUAAAAUAACAAAUAAUUUAUAUAUCUAGACACUUACAAGUAUACUUAUCUACAUCAGGAAGAUGUUCACAGAUGUAGUUGAGCAUUUUAGCAAUCAGACAACUAGAACAGUUUUUGUACAAAGCUACCUAUACAUUUUAUUACAUGCUUUUUUAGGGUAAAUAAAUAUUAGAUUGAAAUAUAUUUUGUACUUUUACAGUAAAAACAGAUCAAAUAUAUUUUCACUAGUAAGAAACUAUAAUUGGGCAAAUUUGGUCAAAACAAGAAAUAAAAAGAGCAUAUGUUUGUUUUAAAUGCAAGUUCAAAAACACUUUUACUCAUCAAAACCAUAUAUUAUAUUUUCACUCGUGAAAGAUAUUUCAAUCUUACACUGAAACAAACACAUAUCCUCUAUAUUAGGCACAGUUUUAAAACGUCGGUGUCAAUGCAUCCACUGGAUCUUCAUGAAAAAAUAACGCACACCAGCAACAACAGCUUUUAAAAGAAAAUUCUCACCAAACCUGGACUCAUUGCUAUUGUUUUUUCUUGUCCCUUUGGGAUAAUUGACCCAUUGUGCACGCAUGCGUGGGGCAUAUGUGGACUUCCGCUACCAGCAAAAGCUGGAAAAGUCUCCAUAUUUAUUAAUUUGUGUCGGUGUGACCUUUACCCCACCCUUUCAUCCCCCUAACAAAAACACUACUUUCCAAGAGGAAUUCGGAUAAACAUACAUAUUCCAUUUUCAUUUACUAUUAAUCUUUAUCAGAUACCGGUGGAAAUUAUGUCAAAUAUUGGUAAAGAUUUGGUUUUGGAUGAAGGAAUUUUGAUAUUUACGUCACUUACCUAUCAUGGUUAUCGUAAUGUUCCGUUUGCUUUCAUCUUUGUGUUUUAUAUAAAAACAUAUAAAAAAGUGCCGUUUUUACUCAUUUUUCAAGGUAUGUUAGAUGUUAUCCUACUUAAGCAAUAAAUCAAAAUCGUUCCAAAAUCAUAAAAAUGAUAUUUUGAUAUUAAAAUUACGAGAUAAAGCGCUGGAGGAUCAUUACAAUGUAAUCAUUUUAUUUGAUUUAUCUUAUUUUAAUGUUAGUUGUUGAGAACGUCAUAUAUGUACUAAAUAUGUUACACGGAGAUGCCAUAGAAAUACUUUUUCUUUACCUGCUAAUAUGUUGUUUUAAUUGAAAAGUUUAGAUUUACCUUAUAACUGGCCUGUCUAUACUUUGUACUAUUGACCGGUGUAUAGUUCAACAGUAAAUUUUAUUUUGCGAAAGUCGGAAUUUAAGAAUAAAGAUAGGAAAAUAUAUUUUGAUACCAUGUAUUAAAACGCGCCCUGAAUGGCUUGCCGGUCAUUAGUCAAAUAUAUUGGCCACCGGUCUUUCUAAGUUUGGGCAAUACUUUUGACUGUUGCUCUGUUUAACUGUAAUAUAUCUAUACCCUUAUUCUAUAAAUUGUAGACAUAAACAUCAGAUUAAAUUAAUGUUAAGGCAAUGCUCAUAUUUCUUUUCGUGUAGUUGUAAGACUUUUUUGUUAACUUGUUAUUUUUAAAACUGACUUGAAAAGGGAUGCGGCAAUCAAAUCUUUUUGAUCAGCUUUUAGAGCUAGAAAUACCAAGAUGCGUCAAAACUGAAUUGGACAAUAACCAUAUCAUAGUUGCAUAAAUUAGUAUACUUUUUAAGUUCCUAAAGGCGAGGAAUGUUUCAGAUAGAUUGGCCCCUGGACUAUUUUAACAUACAAAACACAGAUCAUGCAAUAAUAGUUUGUUACCGUUGACAAAUAGCUUGGGAUGUUGAAUUUACCUUGGGGGGUUCAAAAGUAAACGAAGGCUCAAAUAGAAUUCGUAGAUCUAGUUAACUUAUUUACAUUCUAAACAUGCUAAAAUACCAAAUAUCUCAAUGUGGAUUUUCACACCAUGGCAGAGACUCAUUCACAUUAUCAAAGGAAAACUAGAAGCCAUGUAGGCAGGAACGUCUAAGUCUUAUACACUCAAACCUGUCUAUAAAGACCACCCUUUGGAGAGCCAAAAUGUGGUCUUUAUUGGGAGGUGGUCUUUAUUCAUAGGUUAAA